GUGACAACCAAUACAAAAUACUCUAAUCCAAUUUUAGCCCUACAUAUCAGUAGGCUUAUUCAUCUGUCAAAAGACUGUCGUCAUUAUAAGCACAAUUAAUUUUCAGCAAAGACGUUUAAGAAGCAGAAGAAAAAAAACUAAAAAAAAAUGUUGGUGUCAUUGGUUAAAAAGGCCACUGCUUGUGCAAGGAUGGGCAUGAAGAUUGGGCAAUUAAAUGCAAAUCAGGGGGGAGGCUACCUGGGUAAUUCUGUGCAGUUUCCCAACCUUGCCCGCUCCCUUCACGCAUCCUUGCCGCUUUGGGAUGACAAAGACAAGACAUUCGAUGAAUGCGAACCUGAGUUGAAGGACAUUACCAAAACGGACCUUGAGAUGGUAAAGAAGAAAGAUGAACGUAAGUUAAAGGAGAAAGACGAAUGUGAGGUUAAGGAGAAGGACGAAUGUGAGGUUAAAGAAAAGGACGAAUGUGAGGAUGAGAAAAUGGGCAAAGGAGACAAGGAAUUAGAGAGCAAGGGCCGUAAGGGUGUCAUCCAUGCUGUCAUUGGUCCCGUCAUCGAUGUCUACUUCGAGGAAGAAGUUCCAGAGGUGCUUAAUGCUCUGAAAGUGCAGGAUGCUCCCAUUGAUAACCUUGUACUGGAGGUUUUCCACCACUUGGGCAACAAUAUCGUCCGCUGCGUAGCCAUGGACUCAACCGAGGGACUCAGGCGUGGUCAACCGGUCAUCGACACGGGCUAUCCAAUCCGUGUUGCGGUGGGAAAGUCCGUCCUGGGUCGCAUCCUUAAUGUAGUGGGCGAUCCCAUUGACGAUCGUGGUGAGAUAAAGUCGGAGUUCUAUUCAUUUAUCCACAAUGAAGCCCCGGAGCUGAACGAUCUAAGCGUAAAGCCGGAGAUUCUGGUCACUGGUAUUAAGGUGAUCGAUCUGCUGGCUCCAUAUGUAAAGGGCGGCAAGAUUGGUCUAUUUGGAGGCGCCGGAGUGGGCAAGACAGUGCUCAUCAUGGAACUUAUCAACAACAUAGCCAAAUCCCAUGGCGGAUAUUCUGUAUUUGUGGGCGCAGGAGAGCGCACCCGCGAAGGGAAUGAUCUCUACCACGAGAUGAUUGAAUCAAAGGUUAUAUCCUUGGAGGAUGAUACCUCGAAAGUGGUUUUGGUCUUUGGACAGAUGAACGAGCCACCAGGCGCACGUUCCCGUGUUGUCCUCACAGGACUGACCAUUGCCGAGUAUUUCCGCGAUGUUGAUGGACAGGAUGUACUGCUUUUUAUUGAUAAUAUUUUCCGUUUCACUCAGGCGGGAUCUGAGGUUUCGGCCUUACUAGGACGCAUUCCCUCGGCGGUGGGCUAUCAGCCGACUCUGGGAACUGACAUGGGCACCAUGCAGGAACGGAUUACUAGCACUCGCAACGGUUCCAUCACAUCCGUUCAGGCUGUCUACGUGCCUGCCGAUGAUCUCAGUGACCCCGCUCCGGCGGCUACAUUUUCGCAUUUAGAUGCAACCACCGUACUUUCUCGUCCUAUCGCUGAGUUGGGAAUUUAUCCGGCUGUGGAUCCGUUGGAUUCCUCGUCCCGCAUUCUCGAUCCCGAUGUUGUGGGCGAAGAGCACUAUAAUGUGGCCCGAGCGGUUCAGAAAACCUUGCAGGCUUAUAAGUCCUUGCAAGACAUUAUUGCCAUCCUGGGAAUGGAUGAGCUUUCCGAGGAUGAUAAGCUGACAGUGGCCAGGGCCCGCAAGAUGCAGCGCUUCCUCUCGCAGCCAUUUCAAGUGGCUGAGAUCUUCACUGGACAUCCGGGCAAGUUGGUGCCCAUCGAAAAGUGCGUGGAGGGUUUCAAGAGGCUGCUAAACGGUGAAUACGAUGACAUCCCGGAGAUUGCCUUCUACAUGGUCGGGGAUGCCGAGGAGGUCCUGGCAAAGGCCACCCAACUGGCCGCCAACAUGUCUGGUGAGGCCGAGGGUGGGAAAGAGGAAGAGGCUAAAAAGGAUGAAAAGGACAAUAAAGAGGCCAAGCCCGAAGAGGGUAAGAAGGAAGAAGAACCCAAGGCUGAUGCAAAGAAGGAAGAGAAGAAUGACAAGCCAAAGAAAGACAAGUAAACUCGAUUUUGUUCUCCAGAAAUUGGAGAUUUUAGUAAACAUUGUAUUUUAGUUAUUGUUUGCUAAAUAUUUUUAAGAAUUUUACGUUUGUAAUUUUGCAAACCAAAUUAAAAUAAAUGAAAUAUUCCA